AUGCUUCCCGGAUCUUCUAUGUCCAGGGCAAUACUUCGAACCUUUGGAAUAGAUUGUGACGGAGACACGCAAACUCAAGGUUCAAAUGCAUUGUCAUGUCUUUCUCGAGCAGCCCAUAGUGUUCCUGGUAUCGUUAGACGCGCAUGUAGCCCUCCUUCAGGCUUCCUAAAAAGUCACGUUUUAGAUACUGAACGAUCUAGGUCAUACGAUCGUUCAAAACUCUUUCCAGAUCCCAUUUUAACCAGUGUCUCUGCAUCCCAAGAAAAUACACCACCAUCUUCAAAACGUCCUCUCAUUCGUUCUGAGACUGUGGUAGCAACAGAUCUUCCCAUAGAAACUCCUAUUGGUUCGAAGCGUCAUCAAACCGUAACGUUCGAAUCUCACGUACUUAGACCUCGGAUGUCGGUUCAGCCCUACGGUGAUACUAAUAAUAAAGCUGUAAAGUAUUCAAACUUGCCUUCAACUCCUCUAAAAUCUGUUGCGAAUUCUGUUCAUGUUUCGAACUCGGAUUCUCUUUCCUCAAGGUUUAUUGCUUCUACGCGACCGCACUACUAUCAACCACAUUUUGAUACUCCGCGCGAGUCCACUUCUAGCGCUAGCAUUCAAAAACUGAUUGAAAUUCCUUCUUGGCGAGUAAAUGACGUCAUUUCUGGUCGUUACGCUGCAAAGGCAGGUUUAACUCGUGUUCUUAGAACGAGGGACUUUCAAAGACAUGUUUCUCGUAUGUCUCCCAAGCGGCGGUGUCCAACCCAAAGUGAUGUUAAAUACGAGGACUUAUCAGAUGAAGCCUAUCAUGCUCGUCAUGCGCGCUUAGAGACAGAGGAAAUCAAACAAGAACGACUGUCUGUUCUUCGACUCGCGGAAGAUGAACUUCGUCGACGUCUAGAACAGCGGGAGCGAGACAGUUGGCGAAGGCGGCAAUCAUCGAGGUUGAAUGGUUACUUAGAGGAUAAUCCUGAUCGUUUCAUGCCCUCUCGACUGGUUGAUUCUGUUGACAAGGUUCAGACUAUACGCGUUCGAGAUGAAGUUCCUGUUAUUGCGUUUGGCGUUAAAGUUCCCAAGCCAAGGUAUAAAUCCUCAUUGCUAUAG